AUGUAUUUUUUCAUCUACCUCUUGGUAUUUGCAAACGCUUUUGUUCGUUUCGAUCUUUCCAGAAGAUUCACCAACAAUGCCCAGCUCGGCAAGAGGAACAUCGUAAGUGCCAAAUUCUCGAAUUCUGAUUUUCGUGGAGUUACUCUUGCAGAAUUGACCGUAGGUUCCAAUAAACAGAAGGUGAGUGUGAUGCUUCUUAUUGACCUGGGUAUCUUAUGGAUGCCAUCUGCGAGUUGUAAUUCUACAAUGAAAAAUUCCACCACGGAUUAUGAUGGUUAUGAUGAUUAUGAUGAUUAUGAUGAUUAUGAUUAUUAUGAUGAUUAUGAUUAUUAUGGUGAUGCUUACUCUUGUGGCUCUGGAUUUACAUUUGAUCCUGAGACCCUGAAGACAUUUAAAGAUGCAAAUGAAAUAUUUGAAAUGGAAGUCGACGACGACUUUAUACAAGAAUUCGGGUACAGAGGCGUUGACACAGUGGGAUUUGGCAACUACUCAACUACUAUGAAGUUUGGUAUUGUUGAAUCCUCUGCAUCACUUGGCUGGCUCGGCAUAGGAUUUGCUGCUGGUCCAACAGAAAAAAACUUUACUUCGUUUGGAGAUAGGUUGGUGGAAGAGAAAGUGAUAUCUCGAAAUGUAUAUUCAGUUUCAUUGGGUGCAAACAAUGCUUCGCAAGGAGCGCUUUUGUUUGGAGCCAUCGACCACAGCAAAUACGAAGGCACCCUUCAAAAGGUAAAAAUGGUCAAUGGUAGUGAUUAUCGUACUACGAUUGGAAUCUUAUACGAUGGUGUCGGCUAUUCCGAUGCUUAUGUUCCGGUACAGUUGUAUUUGGGAUACCCAUAUCUGCGUUUACCUGAGUAUACUGUCUACUCAAUUGCAGAGGCUAUGAAUGCGAUUGAUGAUUACAAAGGUUAUAGAGUACCUUGUUAUCAAUUGAAUCUGUCUGAAUCUUUUAGAUUCUACUUUAGUGGUAUUGAGAUUCAAGUUCCAUACAGAGAUCUUGUGGAGCAAGUUGACAAUGCGUGUUAUUUGACGGUCAAAGAGAGAACUGAAGGGUACUACCUAGGAAACAACAUUCUCAGAAGUAUGUAUUUUGUGGUGGACAUGGAAUUGCAGGAAGUUGCACUAGCUCAAGCAAGCUCGAGAGAGCAAGCUGAGCAAAUUGAAGAAAUUGUGUCGUCCAUUCCUCGAGCCAAAGAGGCAUUCUUGUUCAACUAUACUAAACCCGAUGAAACGCUUUCAAGCGAUGAGUACUAUGGAUUCACCAAAGUUCAUAUAACUGAUUCAAGUCGGCCAACUUACUCCCGUAAUUCUGAUCCAGGAACUAUCGACAAGGGAGGAACUGAGUAUGUUCAAACUGUGGACGAGACAGGCUGGGUAAUAUCUUACACGACCUCCGUUUCCACAACUUACUAUGUGAUGACUUACAAACUGUCAAAAUAUACUUUGACAGAGACAGGUGAGUAUCGAAUCUCGGGGUCUACCUUUUCUGGUGUCUACACAACUACUUCAGUAGACUAUUACUCGUCAAGCUCCUAUCUUCGUACUACAGUCGUAGGUGACGUCGUGACGCUGACUUUGGAUCAUCCACUUUCGAAACCAACAUCCACCUCCUCCAGCAGAGGGGGUGCAUCGAAAUUUUACCUGUCUGGUGGCGUGCUCCUUUUAGCUUUAGUGUCACUUUUAUGA